UCCUCUGCUCGCUCUGGUCGCUGGAGGUUGAUGUCACUGGCAGAGAGUCUUCAGGACAGGACACAACUAGGUAGAGCUGGCCGAGAAGAGCUCCGGAUCCGCUGAGGACACAAAAAGUGGGCGAUGUUGCAGCUGGGAUCUUGUUUAUGGACACUGUGGGAAGGCUGUUGAUACAGUCUGGAGGGUUUGUAGGUAUUUCCAAGCUGAAAGGUUGAGGGAGCUGAACAACCGCAGUAUUUUUAGAUCACUUCUGAAAGGAAUACAAAAAUGUCGUCUCCAAGUCCGGGCAAGAGGAGAAUGGAUACCGACGUGGUGAAACUCAUCGAGAGCAAGCAUGAGGUCACCAUCCUGAGCGGCCUCAACGAGUUUGUAGUGAAGUUUCACGGACCGCCUGGAACGCCGUAUGAAGGAGGCGUGUGGAAGGUUCGGGUGGACCUGCCAGACAAAUACCCCUUCAAAUCACCAUCAAUAGGAUUUAUGAAUAAAAUCUUUCAUCCCAACAUCGAUGAAGCGUCAGGAACUGUGUGUUUAGAUGUCAUUAACCAGACAUGGACAGCUCUUUACGACCUCACCAACAUCUUCGAGUCGUUCCUCCCUCAGCUGCUCGCCUACCCAAACCCCAUCGACCCUCUGAACGGAGACGCAGCCGCCAUGUACCUGCACCGGCCGGAGGAUUAUAAACACAAGAUCAAAGAGUACAUCCAGAAAUACGCCACAGAGGAGGCUCUAAAGGAGCAGGAGGAGGGAGGAGGCGACUCCUCUUCUGAGAGCUCCAUGUCAGACUUUUCCGAGGACGAGGCUCAGGACAUGGAGUUGUAGUGAAGGCGGAGCCCCCUUCACCUCACCACAGACUCGUUUCCUAAAGAGCAGAAACUCAGUACUAUAUUCAUAUUUAAACAAGACAAUUUUUUACAGCAACACAAGGAUUUUUAUUGCUACGUGAGGAUUUGCAGUAUGGUAUUGCAGAAUAUUAACUCUUGUUUAGGAAUUCAUCAACACCCUUCAUCCAGAGAGCCUGUUUAGAUCGCAAACGAGUGCAUCAAUGUCAUUUUUUUCUUUUUUUUAUGGCUUCACUUGAGGUUUUCACAGCUGCUUGAAAAACUGAGCUGUGAGACCAACGCAGGAGGACAGUCUUCAGCAUCAAACUGGACAGUUUUCACUUUUUUUUUCCCGCUGGAGACGCCUCACCCAAUCUAUCAAGGUUCUUUAUUUACCGCAUCAAGAGACUGCAGGAUGACAAUCUACGAUUUCUGAGCAGUCUCUUCUUCUUCAAAAAAACCAAGGAAACCCUUUUUUAAAAAAAAAAAAAAAAUUUGACACUGCCACCAUGAGGAGUCGCCAUUUCACUUCCAAGGAUUUGGAGACGGUCGGGUGGUGGUCGUGUUCAGACUGUUGCGGCUGCAGUCGGCCUCCCCAGACAGGACUAAGACCUGCAAACACACCGUCAAACAACCAGCACGUCAACCACAACAAGCCACACCAACGCCGCAGCAUGUGUGUGAGAGUGUGCAGGUGUGUGCGCAUGAAUGUAGUCCACUGACAUCCUGUGUUGUUUUGGCCCCCCACGCUCAACAGAAACCUAAAGAGAAGGUUCACAGCCCGUCUCUUCUGCGGCGCCCAUCUCCUCCUCCUCCUCUCCGUUUUAGGAAAGUGUUUGUCAUUCUCUGAGUAUCUUUGUAUAUUGUGGCAUGACACAGAAGUGACGUUUGUGUAGGGCUUUGUGGAGCUGUAUCGCUGUAGACAGGAAGAGGACGCCGCUGUGAGUCAGGCCGGUGUGCUGGGGAUUAUGCAGGUCCUUGUUGAAUUGUUGAACUUCUUAACUUUGCCUAUUGCUUGUGUUGAACUAUAAUAGGUGUUUGACUUGCGUAGGGAUAGUUAGUUUUUUUUUGCGGGUGGUGAAUCCUAUCAUAAUGUAUGGUUUAAUACUUAUAUAAUACACUAGUUUAAAAAACUACUUGUCCUGUAAAGAUGAGGAGAAUUCCACACGAGUCUCUGUUGAAUCAGAUCCUCCAACGGCACCCUCUGCUCCUCUGCACCCCUCUUCUUAUGUAAUGUGUCCAUCACAGGUGAUUUACGUUGUCAGCCAUUCAGCACGUUUCACUCUCUCACGCUGUCGAUGGCCUGUUGUUUUCUAAAAUGGUGGGACCAAAAUGUAACGGAGCCGCAGGCAUCCUAAAAGAAAAAAAAAAGAGGAAAUCCUCCUCAGACUGGAUUUAUGGAUGAAGAGUUUACACUGAGGUUGUGCAGAUGAAUUAGUAAUGUUCCUCAAGGGGUGAAUAUCUCAAAUUAGUUCAGUUCAGGCGUAUGUUCCUGCUUCUUCAAAGGACACUUUAAAAGUUCCUUGCGUCCUGGUUUAACCCCAGUAAAGGUUGAUGUGCCUGUUAUCGUGGAGGAGCUGUUACCGGAGCUGUGGCAGUUAAACCUCAUGACGGUACGCUGGUCUGUGUUUCACUGAAGCCUGAUACGUGUUUGUAACGCAGAUCAGCGUGUUUUUUCUGUCAGGAAACAAGAAUUAGAGUCUUACUGAUCGCCAUCAAAAGGAGACAUUUGUUCUUAUUUGAAGAGAAAUGAUCAGAAACUAAAUGAAUAACCUCUUUAUAGAAUAAAUAUCAGGUUCUCUUCCGUGAUAGGACGUUAACCUUCAUUAAAUAUGAGUUGGUUAAACUCGCAUGUCAUAGUUAGACAUGGCAUUAAAGAUGUAUUUGUUAAAUAACCUCAUUAAGUGACUCUAAUUAGCCUUGGUAACCAAAUAUAAGUCGUUGUAAGUCCUCAGACGACUUGAUGUCACAGUUUUCAUGUGCAGCAAACACAAACCACUGUCCAGCCUUGUUGUCUGUCAUCAUCUGGGUCCGUCAUUGUAUUCUGUAUUUUUUAUUAAUGAAACAUAUAUUUGAUGCCUAUAAUUUGUUUUAAUGCGUUUGUUUUUAUCUUUUAACCCCGGUGUCCAGAAUACAGAUCAAGAUAUCCCUGAUUUUUAAAAGGCAAAAAAUGAAUAAAUGUGCUUCCCUUGUAACUUGAAGAAAGAAAUAAACAAGAAAAAACAUA